AUGGACCAGAGGCAAAUUCUGCAGAAGUUCCUGGAUGAGACCCAAAACAAGAAAAGUAACAGAGAGGAGUUUGCUAAUGAAUUUCUGAAGCUGAAAAGACUGUCCAGCAAGUAUAAGAUAGACAAAACCUACCCUACUACUGUGGCUGAGAGGCCCAAGAACAUCAAGAAAAACAGAUACAAGGAUAUCUUGCCCUAUGAUCACAGCCUAGUGGAGCUGUCCUUACUAACGUCUGAUGAGGAUUCCAGUUACAUCAAUGCCAAUUUCAUUAAGGGAGUUUAUGGGCCCCAGGCUUACAUUGCCACCCAGGGACCUUUGCCUGCAACUGUCCUGGACUUCUGGAGGAUGACUUGGGAAUACAGAGUCCAGAUCAUUGUAAUGGCAUGCAUGGAGUUUGAAAUGGGGAAGGAAGCUGAAAAUAGAAAAUCUCAUUACAUAAUCAGGACUCUAAAAGUCAAGUUCAACAGUGAAACUCGAACUAUCUACCAGCUUCAUUACAGGAAUUGGCCAGAUCAUGAUGUGCCUUCAUCUAUAGAUCCUAUUCUUGAACUCAUCUGGGAUGUGCGUUGUUACCAAGGGGACGACAGUGUUCCCAUAUGCAUUCACUGCAGUGCUGGCUGCGGAAGGACCGGUGUUAUCUGUGCUAUUGAUUAUACAUGGAUGUUGCUAAAAGAUGGGAUAAUUCCUGAGAACUUCAGUAUUUUUAAUUUGAUCCAGGAAAUGCGAACACAGAGGCCAUCGCUCGUGCAAACUCAGGAACAGUAUGAGCUGGUCUACAAAGCUGUACUAGAACUGUUUACAAGGCAAAUGGAUAUCAUCAGAGAUAGACACUCUGGAACAGAGAUUGAAGUGAAGUAUUCAGUUCCAGAGCAAAAUCCCAGUCCAGAAGCAGACUAUUCUCUUAAUUUACCAGACAGCGUAACAGAAGCAGGACCGCGGAACCAAGAGAGCAAACAACAGAUAAGGGCGAAAAAUGCAGAAGCUUCUUCCUUUGACCUUAGGAUGUCUAAAAUAAGUGAAAAGAAAGGGUUAGCUUUGCACCCUGUUACACGGAACAGUUCUUUUGAGUUUUUGGAGCUCAAUUGUGGUUAUAACAAAAAUGCUGACACAGCCAUGAAAUGGGAGACAAAGGCAUUUGCCAUGGCUGGGGAGCCUCUUCAGAAGCAUCAAAGUUUGGACUUGAGCUCCAUUUCGUUUGGAGCAUGUCCUAAUUCUAAGCCUGUAAUUGAGGAAGAAAGGUAUUUCAAUUCAAAGGGGCCAAUAAUGCGGACCAAGUCAACUCCCUUUGAAUUGACACAACAGAGAGACACCAAGGAAUUGGGCAUCAAGGGAAAUUUUUCUUACUUGGAACCUCCACCGAACAGUUCUUGCCUUGAGGCGACUCACAAAGCGAUGCAUGUUUCUUCCGGAGAACUGAAUUAUUCACUGUUGUGUGACUCCAAGCACCCAAUGUGCAAUGUCUCUAAUGCAAAGCAGCAUGACUCGAGCGCUUUUAAUGCACAUUCUUACCUGUCUUUAAUGGAAGAUCCUUAUUUUCCAUCCUUGUCUCCAAGCAGUACUGGCUCUAAGAUGUCUCUUGAUUUACCCGAGAAACAAGAUAGAACUGCGUCACCCUGUUCUUUGUUGCCAACAUCCUCUGCAACCCUAUUUCCUUAUUAUGAGUCACCUGGUUCUUCAGCACUGAACCCCCCAACUGAUUUCUCCCUCGCACUGAACCAAGGGACAGCAGGACUCGCAACUUCUCCAAGAAUAGAUGAUGAAAUCCCCCCUCCUCUUCCCGAACGGACACCUGAAUCUUUUAUUGUGGUAGAGGAAGCGGGUGAGUACAUCCCACUGAGCGUUCCGGAAUCUUCAUCCUCAGCUGUGAUGACAGAAAUUGGAAGAUCACUAGAAUGCAGUGGAACAUCUGAAUCAAACAAACCUGAUGACUCUGUGAGACUUAGGCCAACCAAGAAUGUAAGACUUCAGCGUCCCAAUUCAGAUCUACGAGAAGAUCGUUCCUCUCCCCCUCCGCCACUCCCAGAAAGAACCCCAGAGUCCUUCUUACUUGCCGAUGAAGACUGUAUGCAGGCUCAACCCAUAAAUGUUUAUUCUAGCUGUCCUAAUGCCAUGGAAAAUUCAACGUCUUCAAAACAGACAUUGAAGACUCCUGGAAAAAGUUUCACAAGGAGUAAGAGUUUGAAAAUCUUGCGGAACAUGAAAAAGAAUCUCUGUAAUUCUUCCCCACCAAACAAGCCUGCAGACCCUGUUCAGCCAAAUAACUCCAGCUUCUUAUGGAAUUUUGGUUUUGCAAAUCGUUUUUCAAAACCCAAAGGACCAAGGAGCCCACCACCAAGUUGGAAUAUUUAA